AUGCUCUGGCUCUACUAUGGGUUUUUACUGGAGCAUGGCAUUUUUAUUAUUGGUAUAAACGCUGCUGGAUGCCUAUUUGAGGCCGUUUAUAUCACUUUAUACCUCAUUUAUGCUCAUGGAGAUGCUAAGCGAUUAACCCUCAAAUUGCUUAUGGCAAUUAAUGUGGGUUUACUUUUAUCGAUCUUCUUAGUUAUAGAAUUUGCUAUAACUAAGAAGAAUCGUGUCAUGAUACUUGGGUGGAUAUCUACUUCUGUGUCUAUCGGCGUGUUUGCGGCACCUCUCAGUGUCAUGGUCCAGGUCAUUCGAACUCGAAGUGUCACAUCCAUGCCACUUGCACUUUCAGUUUGUCUGAUAGUGAGCGCCGGUGUAUGGUUUUGCUACGGCGUUUUUGUAGGAGAUAUGAAUAUCUACCUCCCCAAUGUGAUCGGACUCACACUGGGGGCUAUUCAGGUUCUCUUAUACUGCUACUAUUCCUGUGCCGGUAGGGAAACCGACAUUGAGAGAGCGGUUGUCCAGGAGAAUUUGAGAGAAGGCGGCGAUAAUUUAGUAGGUGGAGAUGCUCCGGUCAUUGAAUUGGUGGAAGUAGGUGGCCGACUCGUAGAGGUAGCGGAGGGAGGUGGAAGGGAGGUGGGGUCGGUGACAGCUGGUGGGGAAGAGGGAGAGAGAGGGGAGGUGGCCGAGGGAGGCGGAGGUGAGGUUUCGGAGGACACAGAGGAGCGCGGCGUGGAGGAUCAAGGUAUUUAUUUUAUGUGUGUUUGGAUAAAUUAAUUUUAAGUAAUUCUGAUUUUGUAAAACUGUGUUUUAGUUUUUAAAUGUAAAGAGAUAUAUUUGUGUUA